AUGGUGGUAAGGCACACGUCAUUUGUCCUUGCAUUACCCUUACCCACUUCAGAUGUUGGGUCAUCGUGCGCCAGUGUGCAUGACUUCUCCCUACUCGUCUGUUCCGGUCUGGAGCCGGCUGUUGUCUACCGGUUUCCCUUCCUCAACCGCGGUCUCACCCCCACGCACCGCGUGGAGCUGCCUCGGAGCGCUGACUUCGAUCACGUGAACUGCGCGUGCGUCGGUGACCUUGACUUCGACGGGCGGCCGGAGAUUGUGGUGGGCACUGUUGGCGAACAGCUCCUCUUUUACCGACGGGUCGAGGCAGCACAAAAUGCCGACAGUGGGCGUUACGAGCUCGCGUACAGACAUCGAAUGGCGGGUCCUGUGCACAGCCUCCUGUAUGGAGGGGACUUUUUGGGCGACGGACUGAAGUGCGUGGCUGUGCUUACAUCCCAGGGACUCCAUCUACUCCAGUGUAGCCUCGACUUUUGCAUCGACCUUCUUGCCAGCAGACUUGACUCGUGCGAUGCAGAGACGCUGAUUUGUUGA